UGCCGGCUACCUGCGCAAGCGCAGAGGGCUCUUCCGGCGCCUUCCCAGGCGGGGAUGCUGCGGCUCCGCAGCGGGCUGAGGCACCUCCGGGCAACAUCCAAUACUCGGGGCUCCGCUUGGCUUCUUCGCGCCGAGAUGCCUAGGAAGGCUGGUGCGACGACCAAGGAUAAAAGCCAGAGCAAGGAACCAGAGAGACCACUUCCUCCCUUAGGUCCUGUGGCAGUUGAUCCUAAAGGUUGCGUCACCAUAGCCAUCCAUGCAAAACCUGGCUCCAAACAAAAUGCUGUAACAGAUUUGACAGCAGAGGCUGUAAAUGUAGCUAUCGCAGCACCUCCAUCAGAGGGAGAGGCUAAUGCUGAGCUCUGUCGGUAUCUUUCCAAGGUCCUAGAACUCAGGAAGAGUGAUGUGGUUUUGGAUAAGACGGGGUUUCAUCGUGUUGGCCAGGCUGGUCUUGAACUCCUGACCUCAACUGACCUGCCCACCUCAGCCUCCCAAAGUGCUGGGAUUACAAACGUGAACCACCAUGCCCAGCCAUGUUUGAUUAUUACAUAUUAAUAAUGAUUCAUAAAAUACUGAUUUUUCUUUGUCUUUUUCAAAUAAUUGGGAAACUAGUUGUUUAUAACUUUCAUAUUUACUUAAUUGCAUAAAUCUGUAAAUUCUUCCUAUUUAGUCUCCUUUAUGCCUGCUGCCUUAAUCCUUACUGAGACUAUCCACACUGUGCGCUUAUGCUUCUUCACUGCCGCCGUUGCCAGUUUUCUCCUUUCUGAAUUCAUUCCUGAACCUGCUGUCAGAUUAAUCUUGCUUAGCUCUCUCAUCCUUUAAGUCAUCACCACGCGAAACAAUCUAAAGCAAUUCCUAUUGUUAGUCAUCUCCAUGAGGGACUCCGUCAAGUACUUUGUCCUUGAUUGCUAGGAGAAGCUCAUUGGGAAGAUAGAAGGUUCAUAUGAUGUCAUUAAUAUGGUUUUGCACUAGGGGUGGAGAUCAAAAUCACCUGGGAAUGAUUUCUAAAUACAGAUCCCUGGGUAUCACUCUAGGCUUCUUGAAAUAGAAUCUGCAGGAGGGGGGCCCAGCCAUGUUUAUAUUUCUUAAAGCUCUGCUUGUUUUCCAGUGCUAUACUAUAUAGCUCCUAUCCAGGUUCCAGCUGGCAUUCACAGUCAUUGAUUAACAGACUGCACCUAAAAAUCCAUUUGAAUGCUCCCCACCUGUGGCAGGUCAUUUCUGAUUUUUGGCUAGUGCUCAUGCUCUGACAUUUGCCUGAAAGAUGUUCCUCAUUCUUCUGCCUGUUCAAAUUCCACUCAUCUAAAUAAACCCCUUCUCAAAUUUUAUCUUCUUUAAAGGCUGUGUUUGAAAACAAAUCCUUUCUUUUUCUUUUGGGACGGUGUUUUCGCUCUUGUUGCCCAGGCUAGAGUGCGAUGGCGCAAUCUCGGCUCACUGCAACAUCCGCCCCGCGCCGCCCCCCUCCCCGGUUCAAGUGAUUCUCCUGCUUCAGCCUCCCGAGUAGCUGGGAUUGGAGGCGCGCGCCAACACGUCUGGCUAAUUUUUAGUAGAGACAGGGUUUUGCCACAUUGGCCAGGCUGGUCUCGAACUCCUGACCUCAGGUGAUCCACCUGCCUCAGCCUCCCAAAGUGCUAGGAUUACAGGUGUGAGCCACCACGCCUGGCCAACAAAUCCUUUUUAAAGUUGUUUUAAGUGGUUGUGAAAUCGUGGCACUUGGAUAUGUGGCUACUUUUUGUUUGGAAUUUUCAGAAAUGUUUAACAACAUAGAGAAUAGCAAUUUGUUUAUAUUUAUAAUUAUUUUACUACAAAGUUUAUAUAAAAUUGCAAUAUUUAUUUUGGUAUUUUAAAGAUGAUUUUCAUUUUUAACUUAAUUGCUUGAGACUAGAAUAUCAUUUUUUAGAUUUUUUUUUUUUGAGAUGGAGUCUUGCUCUAUUGCCCAGGCUGGAGUGUAGUGGCGUGAUCUCAGCUCACUGCAGCCUCUGCCUCCUGGGUUCCAGCGGUUUUCCUGCCUCAGUCUCCUGAGUAGCUGGGAUUACAGGCACAUGCCACCAUGCCCGGCUAAUUUUUUGUAUUUUUAGUAGAGACGGGGUUUCACCAUGUUGGUCAGGCUGGUCUUGAACUCCUGACCUCGUGAUCCACCCACCUUGGCCUCCUAAAGUGCUGGGAUUACAGGCGUGAGCCACUGCGCCCGGCCCAUUUUUGAGAUUUUAAUGUUCAGCUUUUAUUAUAGAAAUUGAUGUAUGAAGGUAAAAACCCUGGAGAGUUGUUAGUACUAACAAAUGUUUAGUAACAAAUGGUAGUAAGGAAGAAUCUAAGAGAUAGUCUUUGGUUAGACCAGAAGUAACCAAGAGAAAGCCAUCAGGAGAGCCCAUUAUACAACGGAGGUCUGCUAUCUCUAAUAGCAUUAGAAUGUGCUGAACAGUAAAGUAUGUUUUUUCUCUUUUG